GCUGCACCGAAAAGCGAGCCAACUGAGUUCCUCCUCGACAAGACAGCACGCGGCCGACCGGAAACGACUGUGUAGCAACAUGGCGCACAGCAAACGAAACACGUCCCGCGCCGUCUUCACCUCCCACGAGCGGGAGCUCGCCAAGUCCAACUGGUCCACUAGCUCCGCCCGCCUCAAUCGCGACUCGUUCCUGCCCUUUGGCUCCUGCGGCCUGUGCCUGGGCAUCGCGCGCGGGCCCGUGUCCUGCCCGCGAGGCGACAUCUUCUGCCGCGAGUGCGCCCUCGCCAACCUCUUGACCCAGAAGAAGGAAUUGAAGCGGGCUGACAAGGCGCGGCGCGAUGCCGAUCUGGAGACGCAGAGGCAAAGGGCCGCCGAGGACGAGGAGGACCGAGAGCGUGCCGUUCGUGAUUUCGAGAUGACGCAGGCUGGCCUCUCGACGGCCAGGAAACGGCCACCCGUCGCCGCAAAUGGCGCGCCGCAAGAUGACACCUCAUCCGCCGUCAUUCACGUGGGCUCGAAGCGGAAAUUCGAACUCGACCAAGACGAGUUGCAACGAAUUGUUAGAGAGGACAAGCUCAAGGCUAGAAAGGCUAUCGAGGACGAAAAGGCUGCCAAACCCACGCUACCAUCAUUCUGGACGCCGUCUCUGACCCCCGAUGUGCACGAUUCGAAGCUUCCCAACGCUGUCAGAAAGGACAAAGCCGUCCCGAUAUGCCCUUCGGCGCCCGAUGACCUCCCCCACCCGAUAUCUCUGCACAAACUCAUCACCGUCAACUUCAAGGAGGAAACGGAUCCAUCCACCAAGAGCGACCGCCGAAUAUGUCCCUCAUGCCUAAAGGCGCUCUCCAACACGUCCAAUGCUGUCAUGACGGAGCAAUGCGGCCAUGUCCUCUGUAUGAGCUGUGUCAAGAAGUUCCUCAUCCCACCCAAGAAAACCUCGAAGCAGGAGGGCGAGGAGGCGCCCAUCAUGUGCUACGUCUGCGACACCCUUGUGACGGGCAAGGCAUCGAAGCACCGAGAAUCAAGCGCUGCCCUCCCGCCGGGAUUGAUAGCCCUGAAAUCAGAAGGGACUGGGUUCUCAGCCCGCGGCGCAAACGUGGUAGCAAAGCUCGGCGAGGCAUUCCAGUGUUGAUCGGCGCCGCUGGGCCUGACGCCAGGUGCAUCCGCCCCAUGGAAGUAUGCUGUAAGCAGCUUAGACGCAUCCUUGCCCAAAGGGGAAAAUCAUUUGCCCUGCAGCCGUUUCCGCAAAUGAGGCCGCGAAAGAACCCACAAGCGGAUAACGAGGCGGUGCAAGAGGCCCUUGGUGAGCAUAGUUAGGCCGUGGCUGAAGAAGCCCUUCAGCAGUUCACCUUGCAGGCCAUCGUACAGAGCCCUCAACCCCUCCCGUUUCACGAUUCUGAAUAUGACCCCUAUGACGGUCUUGUCGAGGAACUCCAGCAGCCGGCCCAGGAGAGACGUCUUCUGCUGGCUGCCCAGGCCCUUAUCCUUCUCUGACGCCUCCUCCGCAGGCGUUUCGCUGGGAAUCUGCAGCCUCGUCCUGCCCGUCUGAAACGGAUAUGUGAGAGCGGUGGCGGCCGCCUUGCUAAAGGCAGCCAACAGGAAGGCAGCCCAGGCAAUGGGGAUGUCCUCCUCCUCGAGAGCCGGCAGCACGCGCUUGGCCAGCCUUCGGUUGACGAAGAAGGUGAGGCUCGGGUUGAGGGUCAGGAUGAGCGUCGCCGAGUAACCCGACCACAGACCCAGCACGCCGCUCUCCCUGCGUAUGUCGGCGAGCAUCUCGCGCAGCGUCUCACUGCCCGAGGACAUUUGCAUGCGCGUCACGACGCUCGAGAUGGGCGUGGUGCAGGCCUUGGAGCACGCGCCCGCCAGCGACCCCAUGAGCAGCUCCUGCACCACGCUGGGGUGGCGGUUCCGCCCGCGCAGGUAGCUGUAGAAGCCGAAGAAGAGGAAACUGUCGACGACCGACUUGGCCACGUCGGGCCCCAGCCCGUUGUACAGCGCCGACACGCCGCCCUCGCUGCGCGCGAUGCCCCGGAGCGCAUCCACGACGCCGUCGUACUGCUCCUGCUGGUCGCGCCGCCGCCGCUGCACCUUGAGCCGCGUUGUCACCAGGUCGAGCGGGAACACGGCCGCCGUCGAGAUGGCCGUGCCGGCGGAGCCCGACACGGCGUGUCCGAGGGCGUCGAGGGCCGUGCUGGAGGGCAUUGCGGGCUUCGUGGCUCCUGCUCCAGUAGCUGGCGGUGGAUGGCGGCAAGGAGUGUGUCCUUUGUUUUUUGUGUAGCAGCGUGCUUAGCUCUCGAUGCGAAUCCCAAGGCAGAUGAUUCUGCAGAGAA